AUGGAGCGGAUGCGAGACCGGGCGCUGGAGCGGAUCGAGGACGUCAAAUUCGACGACUUGAAGCGGCAGAAGAUGAUCGAAGCGGGCAUGGGCCUGGAGAAGCUGGACGAGGCGAAGGGGGGACGGAAGUCCGUGCUGUCAUUGCAAGACCAGGAUGAGGAGGAGGAGGUGCCCCAAGAGCUGGAGGAGGAUGAGAAGAUGCCAACAUCUCAAGAGAUGGCCGGCAUCAUGGUGAACAGGGUGCAACUCCAGCGAAUGUUGGACGAGGACCCGAGGCUGGUGGAGGUGGUCUCCUCGGCCAAGGCGGUGGACGUGAUGCGCCGCUUCCGCGUGGACCAGUCCGGAGACGACCCUUUCGAGGUGGUGGCCAGACUGCAGGCGUCGGUGGCCGAGAAGCUGAACGAGAUCGAAAGUAUGGGAGUUGACUUAGCCUUCGACGAGGUGGAGACCUUGCGGGUGAUGUCUCAGGAGCUGCACAGCGCCCUCACGGAGUCCCAGAAGGAGUGGCGCGCGGAGCUUCUCUCGGUGCUGCAGCUCGCCUCGCUGCUGUCCACUGCCCUCAUCGACCUGACCAAGAAGAUCGAGCAGGUUCAGCUGAACCACACCGAGCUGGCCAUCCGG